AUGGACUCGCUGAUACCGUUCACGACGUCCGGCUCGCUGGUCGACUGUGUGGACAGGAAGAUGCUCGUCGUCUUACGCGACGGCCGCAAGUUACAUGGCGUCCUACGCUCUUACGAUCAGUUUGCCAACCUCGUGCUCGAAGAUACCGUCGAGCGAAUAUAUUCCGGAAACACUCUUGCUGAACAGCGAUGUGGCCUGUUCCUAAUCAGAGGGGAGAAUGUUGUACUGCUAGGCGAGAUUGACCUUGAUCUGGAAGAUGACGUGCCACUGCAACAGGCCGACUUCGCGUUGCUCGAUGAACACCACCGGCAGGAAGCAGCGGAGAAGCGUGUACAAGAGGAGGCAAAGGCAAAGGUGCUAUAUGAACAAAAGGGGUUCUGCAAGGAAGGGGGUGAGGGCGAUAGUUAUUGA